AUGGACGCGCAGGCGCUCGAUGGCUUCAUCCAGCGCCUCCUCGACGCGGAGCACACCUCGCCGGAAGACCAUCCGCCGCUCACCAACGCGGAGAUCAAGCUCCUCUGCGCCGCCGCCACGAAGGUCCUCCUCUCCCAGCCCACGCUUCUGAAGGUCGACGCCCCCGUCAACAUCUGCGGGGACAUUCACGGCCAGUACUCCGACCUCCUCCGCAUAUUCAGCGCCGCCGGCUCCCCGUCCGAAACCAACCGCUAUCUCUUCCUGGGCGACUACGUCGACCGCGGCAGCCGCAGCAUCGAGACCAUCUGCCUCCUCCUCGCCUACAAGGUCAAGUACCCCGACGCCUUCUUCCUCAUCCGGGGAAACCACGAGUGCUCCUCCGUCAACCGCUCCUUCGGCUUCCUGGCCGAGUGCCACCGACGAGGACUGGGUCAAGCGACCUGGAACAUCAUCAACGGCUGCUUCAACUGCCUACCGCUGGCGGCGCUUGUCGGAAACAAGAUCGGCAAGAAUAUCUUCUGCGUGCACGGCGGCCUGUCGCCGGAGCUUGAGAGCAUGGACCAGAUAGGACGAAUCAAGCGCCCACUGCCGCAAGUCCCCUCCGAGGGCCUCGCGUGCGACUUGCUGUGGUCGGACCCCGACGCGGCCGACGAGUGGGGGUGGGGCGAGUCGUCCAGGGGCAGGUCCGUCACGUUCGGGUCUGACUUAGUGGCCGAGUUCGUGGAGAAGAACGGGCUGGCCAUGGUGUGCAGGGCGCACGAGGUCAAGCAGGGCGGCUACGAGUGGUUCGCGGACAGGAAGCUCGUCACCGUCUUCUCCGCGCCCAACUACGCCGGCCAGUGCGACAACGCCGGUGCGGUCAUGAAAGUGGACAAAAAUCUCACCUGCUCCUUCCACAUCCUCGAGCCCUCCGAAAAGCGCCGCAAAUCUGUCUCUGCACGCCGCCCAUGGCUGCCGCGGGAGACGAGCAGCUGCUGCUCCACCUCAAACUCGCCAUCCUCGCCCUGGAGCCCCCCGCCUGCGUCCUCACCGUCGCCAGAAAAGCUGGUGGAGGUUCUGUCACGCCGCACGUUCAAAAUUUUAUUCUGGAGAACGGUAUUGGAACUAAUGUAGGGAAAAGUCCAAAUUAUGCCUAUGUAGAAACUAUCCUUAAAAAGGUUAUUUCCGAGGCUGAAUUAUCGUCAGAUAUUGUGAUUGAUGAGCUCUAUGAGGAAUUGGGCCAGUAACAAUUUCUCGCUGGAUAUAGCUAACAAGAUCUAUAAGGAUAUAUCCUUUGUUUCGCCUACAUAUGACAAUGUUUCCUC